AGCUGCUUGCCAGCCCCCACAGCCUGCCAAGCUGCCGGCCAGUGCUGACCGACCGUAUGGCCGGGAGCAGGAGCAAGGCCAGCCUCCGUGUGUGGCUCGUGUGCCCGGGGCUGCUCGGCUGUUUCUUGCUUGGCUUUCUUACAGGAUGGUUUACAAAACUGACUGAGAAAACCCCCAACUCUUCAGAUGCCCAUCAAAAUGUGAGACAGAAACUUGUAGCUGAAAUGAAAGCAGAGAACAUCAGGAAAUUUCUUCGUUCAUUUACCAAGUUGCCUCACCUCGCAGGAACUGAACAGAAUCUUCUUCUUGCCAAAAAAAUUCAAGGCCAGUGGAAGGAAUUUGGAUUGGAUUCAGCAGAACUUGUUAAUUAUGAUGUGCUUCUUUCAUACCCAAAUGAAGAGCAGCCAAACUACAUUUCACUAAUUGAUGAUCAAGGGAACGAGGUUUUCAAUACAUCAUUGUUUGAACCACCUCCACAGGGAUAUGAAAAUGUUACUGAUAUACUUCCACCAUACAAUGCUUUUUCAGCACAAGGAGUGCCAGAGGCAGAUCUGGUGUAUGUGAAUUAUGGCCGUACAGAAGACUUUUUUAAGCUGGAGCGUGAAAUGGGAAUUAGCUGUACAGGAAAGAUUGUCAUUGCCAGAUAUGGGAAGAUCUUCAGAGGAAACAAAGUUAAAAAUGCCAUAUUAGCAGGAGCCCAAGGGCUCAUACUUUACUCAGACCCUGCUGACUACUGUGCACCUGGAGUAGAUCCUUAUCCCAGUGGCUGGAACCUUCCAGGUGGAGGAGUCCAGCGUGGGAAUGUUUUAAAUCUGAAUGGAGCUGGGGACCCUCUAACACCAGGUUAUCCUGCAAAAGAGUACACUUUCAGGUACAAGGUCAAUGAAGGUGUAGGGAUUCCCAAAAUCCCAGUCCAUCCCAUUGGAUAUCACGAUGCAGAAGUGUUACUGCGUGCAAUGGGAGGACCUGCAGCUCCAGGCAGCUGGAAGGGAAGUCUCAAUGUGUCUUAUAAUAUAGGACCAGGAUUCACAAACAGCUCUUCUACAAGAAAAGUCAGAAUGCAUGUUCAUACAAGCAAUAAAGUAACACGAAUUUACAACGUCAUUGGCAUCCUCAGAGGAGCUCUGGAACCAGACAGAUAUAUUAUUUUAGGUGGUCAUAGAGACUCUUGGGUGUUCGGAGGUAUUGAUCCAACCACCGGUGCCGCUGUUCUGCAAGAAAUCGUACGGAGUUUCGGUAAAAUGAAAAUGGAAGGUUGGAGACCUAGGCGAACUAUUAUUUUUGCUAGCUGGGAUGCAGAAGAAUUUGGAUUAUUGGGUUCCACAGAGUGGGCUGAGGAAAAUGCCAAAGUCCUUCAGGAACGGGCAGUCGCUUACAUCAAUGCAGAUUCUUCUAUAGAAGGUAACUACACAUUAAGAGUUGACUGUACCCCUCUUCUCUACAAACUGGUGUAUAACCUGACUAAAGAGAUUUUAAGCCCUGAUGAAGGUUAUGAAAAUAAAUCUCUUUAUGAGAGCUGGCUUGAGAAAGAUCCCGCAUCUGAAGAUAGUAACUAUCCCAGAAUAAAUAAACUGGGGUCAGGCAGUGAUUUUGAAGCUUACUUCCAGCGACUAGGAAUUGCAUCAGGCAGAGCUCGUUACACCAAGAACAGGAAAGCAGACAAAUUCAGCAAUUAUCCUGUUUAUCACACCGUGUAUGAGACAUUUGAGCUAGUGGAAAAAUUUUAUGACCCCACCUUCAAGAAACAGCUAACAAUUGCCCAGUUACGAGGCAAACUGGUUUAUGAACUGGCAGAUUCCCAGGUCAUUCCAUUCGACUCUAGAGACUACGGAGAAGCCUUAAAAGGAUACAGCAACAGAAUUUAUAAAUUAGCCGAGAAGCAUGAGGAACAGCUGAAACUUUACAAAGUAUCAUUUGAUCCUCUUUUUUCUGCUGUGGUGAACUUCUCAAACGCUGCUGCUGAAUUUCACAGGAGACUUGAACAAGUUGACAAGAAAGAUUCAGUUGCAGUGCGCAUCAUGAACGAUCAGCUGAUGUUGAUAGAAAGAGCUUUCACUGAUCCUCUGGGCUUGCCAGGAAGGAAGUUUUACAGACAUAUCAUCUUUGCUCCGAGCAGCCACAACAAAUAUGCAGGUGAAUCCUUCCCAGGAAUCUAUGAUGCCAUGUUUGAUAUUGAAAGCAAAGCUGAUCAACAUGAAGCCUGGGAAGAAGUGAAGAGGCAGAUUUCCAUUGCAGCCUUCACUGUUCAGGCAGCAGCAGACACACUGAAGGAAGUAGCGUAAGAUGAAGGCUUUGAAAACUCCCAGAGCAGAGCAGAGUGUGGCACACAGAGCUGUCAGGCUGCUGCAGUGUCCCUGACUCUCCCCAGUGUCCCCGACUGCCUGCCCUGCCUGAGUCUGCAGCCUCCCAAACCACAUGGUAGGUGAGCAGAGCUCUGUGUGUCAGAGAACUCCUGAGCUAGGAAUUGCUGCAUCUCUGGUACUGACAGAACUGUAGCUUCAUGAACAGCCCUGGAUGGAAGCAAAUUUGGGAGUAGAGAAAAGUGGGAAGGGGGGAAGCAGGAACAAUCAGUUUCUGAUUAGAAUUUUCUGAGAGAUCUGCCAGCUUUGAGGACCCAAUGUUUUGAAUGUAUAGUUAUGAAAACAAUUAUUUGCCAAGCUACCCGCAAAUUUUGUCCAAGGCAGUGAUCAGCAGCACACAUUUUGAUGGAAAAAAUGUAAUACUCAGCCUGUACAUUUUUCUUGUUCUGAAAAUUACUUUUAUAAUAGAAGACACCAAAGGCAUCUCUGCAUUUCAGAAUCUAUUCUGCAGGACCAGUGAAUGCUCUUUACACAGAUUUGCUUUCUUUUCCUUGAAAAAAUAAAUAAGUGACUCUCCCACUGAUUGCCAAAGCAGUACUGGCCAUUCCUGACAAUGAGGGAAAACAGCUGCUUAUAUGCAGAAAUCCAAAAGCACGGUCUCAGUGGAAUGCAUAUCCAUCCCUCUGAAAGUCUCUAUGCAUCUCCCUCCUUUAUUUGCACUUUGGAAAAGUGCAGAUCUCUCUCCCGGCUCUUUUUGGCACUUUCUCUAGUUCUGAACCCAUGGCAGCUUUUGUUCCUGUUUUUUCCCAGGCAAUCUCUUUCAUAUUUUUUCCAUCUGAAGGACCUGGAGGACAUUGAUACUAUUAGCAUGGAGCUUGAGAUAAUUCUGUCUUCAAGUAAGACCUGAAGAACAUUACCCAUCAGGAGCUGAUUUUACAUUCAAAGAGGAACUGAAAUGCUUGAGAAAGCCAGUUGUACAAAACUGUUUAGUUUGUAUAAGAAGAAAAAAAAACUUAAAAAUUUCUUGCUUCAUUUACCCUUUGGGUGUAAUUCUCAUCUACAUGCUUUAAAACUAAUAAAAUUGCUAGAAUUUUACUGAAUCCCAUUCCAGCUUGUGGAAACUGACAUUAACCAAUUUAAUUUCUUAUGUAAAAUAUACUACAGUUUUUCUCACUACCAUAAAUUGCACCAUGUUGUGGGAAUAAAAUCUUCUUUGCUUUAUGGGGAAUAGAACAGAUGUGGCCCUAAAAAGGAGAGAAUUAGAAAAGCUGGACAGAGUUGCUGUUCUCAUCUCAAAUGCCUUGAAUUCAAACAAGGGAACCAGAAAUAACUUGUGGGAAGUUGUUUUGGGGGAUAUAUGCCACCAAGAAGAGAGGCUUUCCCUGGCAUCACCUCCAGUACGCCUCUAUGGAAGAUGAAGGAUUGUGUGCUUGUGGAUGUUAUUCUCAUAAUUUACUGUUCAAUUGCUUUUCACAGAUCAAGCCUUAGGCAUGUGAGGAGGAAAUUACACUUCUAGAGUCCAUGCUUUACCUCUUCUGUUGGGAAAUGGAGUGCAAAACUGACCUUGCCAGCACACACAUAAGAGACAGGAGUAGUUGAUGCUGGGGCACAGAGGUAAUUCUCUCCCUCUACUCAGUCAAGGCUCCACCUGGAAUGCUGCUUCCAGCCAAGGCCCCAACAUGACAGCCAUGUGGGCCUGUUGGAGCAAGUCCAGAGGAGGCUAUGAAGAUGAUCAAAGGGCUGGAGUAUCUCUCUCAUGAGCACAAGACUGAGAUGGCCUAGGGUUGUUCAGCCUAGGAAAGGGCAGGCUCUGGAAAGACCUUAUUUACAGCCUUCCAGUAGCUAAAGAAGGCUGAAGAGGGAGUUUACAGGGGUGUGUAGUGAUAGGACACGGGGGAAUGGCUUCAAACUGGAAGAAGGUGGGUUUAGAGUAGAAGAAAUUCUUUACUGUGAGGGUGAUGAGGCACUGGCAGAGGUUGCCCAAAGAAGGUGUGAAUGCCCCAUCCCUGGAGGUGUUUGAGACCAGGCUGGAUGAAGCUCUGAGCAACUUGAGGUCUAGUGGAAGGCAUCCCUGCCCAUGGCAGGGGUGCUGGAACUAGAGGAUCUUUAGGGUCCCUCCCAACCUAAACCAUUCUAUGAGCCUAAGAACAGCAACUACAUUUUUGUUGUUCUCUUUACUUUUACCUAACUGGGGAUGCUCACAGUUUUCAUCUCUACAUCUGUAGCUGAACUUACUGCUUAAGAAUAUCUUGCAAUGAUGUGACUGGUACAUAACUGCACUGUGGUUUUUCUCCCUUUCUCUGAAUGGUGUGCCCUUCAUGCUCCAUCAUAACUUCACAUUAACUGCAAUGGGCAGUACUGAAUGUGCCUCCAAGGGAGGGUUAGGCUAUCUAGAUGGUGGAAAAAAGCCAUUAGUGCCUCUUCCUCAUGAGCAGCAGCCAACUUCGGAUCUGCCAGUGGUUGCUGCUGUAGGAUCAUCAGAGUAGAAGGCAAACAAGGAGUUUCCACAUUGUAAGGAAAUAUUUGAUGGAACUUUCUUCUUCCUUAAUUUACAGAAAUGUAUAAACCAGUGAACAAAUGUUUCACCAGUAAACAUAACUCUCAGUAGUAGCUAGCCUUUGAGGUUCUGUACUAUUACCUUGCUGCUGCAAAAGAACAGACAAUCUCUCCUUGCUUCCCUGUGCAGUUUGAAGCUGUAAGAAUAAAUUACAGCUCACAGCAGGCUGAAUGCACAGCUGGCAUUGAUCGCUUUGUUCCUCUUGUCAACUUAAUUGAUAACUGGGUGAAUGUGAGAUUCAUCAUGACCAGCUACAUCCUGAGAAGUACUCAAAAUAUAUUAAAUCUAUUUCCAUUCUUGUCUAUAAAGUUCUACUGAGGGAGAGUGAUAUCCAAACCCUUAUAAAUAAGGAAAUCAAACCACUUAUAAAUGGCUUAUACUAAAUUCCACAAAAUCCCUUAUUCUUGGUAUUGAAAAGAUCAGUUACUCAGGACUGGAAAGCCUUUAAAGAUCCCUUUCAACCCAAGCCUUUGUUUUAUCCUAUGACUGAGAUUCUCUUAUGGUUGAAAUACCUUUGGCUUGCCUUUGGAAAGAAAUCUGUAACCCUAGGUGCUGGAAUUUCCAGGUGACACUCUGUCAGACUCAUCUGGAGACCCCUCUCUGCAGCUGGUAGAAAUUGGACAUGCAUGACUUGUUUUUUUCCUCUCUAAAUUCCCCUAGUUUUAUUCAUAGGAUUUCAGUGUACAGUUAACAGUGCUAUUGAAAAAGCUGAAUGAUGGUGAACAUAAUGAACUUCCCUAUGGCAGAGCAGAGAACAGUAAUUAAAUGAAAUACCGAAAUCUUGCUUCUGCUGUUCGGAGCAGAACCUAAGUGCUGUUCCUCAAAGAACAGCACCUGCUCAUAUAAAGUGUCCUUAGAGAAACCAGCAGGAGCUGAAUUUAGCAAGCAGUCUUUGUUAAGGUAAAAGAUUGUUCCCAUUACACCACUGAGACUUGUGCCAGUUAGAAUCUAUAAGGUCAAGGAUGCUUCUGUCAGCAUCAACAGUGCUUCUCCUGAUGGAUGCUGCACCCUUAAACAUCCUCUUCAGCUCAGGGAGCUCAAGGAAUCUAGGAGGAGUAAGAGUGCUUUGUUAGGCACCUCAUGCCAGAGGGGCUGGACCUGGUUCAGUUAAACUCCAAACAUGUUCCAACCUUUCAUUGAGGGAAAGAAUGGGAGAGGCAGUAAUAGAAAAGCAUUUCACAGCAGGGUAUUGGAUAAGAAUAGACUUGCUAAGUUUACAUGGCACCUUCCCCAGAUGUGCUUUGCUAGUCUGCUGACAGUGCAGCUGACGUGUUCCUGAUGCUGCCAUCCACACUACUUCCAAACUUGGCUGUACUUUUAGAAGGAAACCCAAGUCACAGUUGCUGGACACAGCAACUGUUGUGACAACACACCCUUACGUAACCCGUCAGAAGCAGGAGUUCAGGCAAACAUGGCCAGCUGUGAACACUGAGCACUCAAAGAUUUAUAUCUGGAACCCCCCUACUGAAGCAUUGCUUUUGUUUUUUCAGCUCUGCCUCCUAAGCUGUAUUUCCAUAGUUCCCACCAGAGCCUGCGUGCCUGGACACCACCAGCCUGCACUAAAGCUCUCUUCAGUCUGCAGCACACAUCAUAUUAUCCUGGCACUACCCUUACAGUAGUGUGGGUACUGACAGCAGUGAUAGUGUUGUCCACUGCCAUGGCAGAGGGCUCACACAUAAGCAUCCUGCCAGUCUUAUUACAGGCAGAGGGAAACACACUUUGUAACUAAAGACAGGUUGAUUGUUGGUAUGCUCGAAAUCUUAAUUGUGCGAUUGAAGAAUGAUUAGGCUCUAUUAUUAAAGAAAAAAAAAAAAAGAAGAAAUUACAGAACAACCCCUUCAAUGGAAAAGCAGUUGUAAUAUUUAUGAGCUGUUUCUCUUCCUGGGAUCUCUGUUACCCAGCAUUGCCCCUUCUCCAAUCAUCCCGUAUCAGUAGUCCUCUACACCACAUCCCAUGCCUCAGUUUUCAAGCCCCCUGCAUCUAUCCCUCUGUGACGUGGCACUAGUCAGCAGUAUGUUGCUCUACACAAUAAACCUACUUUAGUUUUAAUAGUUUCAUUAAAAAAUAUGUCUACAAGAAGAAACUACAGAAUGAGAAACAAGGUACACCAAGUAAGACAAGAGCCACCUGGACAUAAGAAAAGUUUUAACAGCCAAACAAGCCAGAACAAAGCUACAGGCAGGUUAAAAGAAGUUCAGACAAAGCAAGCCUGGCAGGUUCUAGGACCCUGCAGAGCUGGAAUGAAGCUUCUGCCAUGCUACCAGCCACAGGAAUCCUGUGUUCAUUGGACUGUCAGCAGAGAUUGACAUCUGGGGACUACAUGGAGGAGGUCCCAAAUUUUUUAAAGAAAGAUCAUUAAGGACAGUUAUUUAUCAAUAGUCAUAUGCAUACUUCAGUGUCCAGUCCUGGUAAACCUGAGAAAUGGAUGAAAUUAACCCAGCUUUUCUUUCUGUAUUUUCAAACCACCUCUGCUCACCCAAUCUGGCCUGAUGGGAUUUUGGUUUUGCAAACAUCAUUCUUGUCAUCUGCAGUCUGAUAAAAAACAACCUGCCUGAGGACCAGGUAUUUGAAUAGGAUUCAGAGUGCGACUACAGGACUUGGCACUUGCCCCUCAAGCAGCAUUACACUCUGUUUUGUACUAAAACACAAUUACCAGAAUAUGGAGAACCUCUGGCAAAAUCUAUCAGCUCCCUAACAGCUACUGCUCAGUCUGCACAAAACUGUACUUCAGACUUCAGUGAAGAACACCUGCAAUGCAUGGAGGAAAAAGGAGGAUGUACAACACCACAGGUUGCAAUACACUCCUGAAUAGUUAUGCUUAUUGAAGUACCCUUAUGGGGCAGUCUAAGGUAAAACAUAUGUGCAUUAUAUAAUACAAUUGUGAAAUACAAACUCUCAUUAAAAUUACACAUGGUUUAGCUUAAGAAUUAUGCACUCAGCAUUUGGGUAUUACCACUAAACCACACUGAAUUUCUGACCACUUUUCACUGUACAAGUCCUAACCAUACCCAAGUCUUCAGGCAAUGUGUGCCAAUACAACUGUUUAAUUAUAAGUGCAAUAAAUUUAAAUUGGCUGUUUUGGAAAGUAAAAUGUUGUUGAGGGAAAAUAACAGCAAAACAAGUGCUGAUCAAUGCUACUGUGUUCACACAGCAAGGAUGUGAACCCUUACAAAGGUAUGUCAGAAAAUUAUAAAACACUGUCAAGUUCAGCUGUUGGGAGUUGUUCAUUUGCAUCAUCAUUAGCAUCUUCUCUGAAUUAGUUUUCAACAACAAACAUGUGACAAUCUUUUUCUUAAAAGCUUAUUUUCAACUACAUUUCAAUAUUCUCCAUUCAUUUUACCAACCUUCUCUUCUUUACAGCUGUUAAUUGCUCUUGGAAAGCUUAAGCAUCCCACUUAAGUUAGCCAGUAAACUAAAACUCUGGUAACAGAAGAGCCAACAAGCUUCCAGUUCACAAAGCUGCAGUUAAAAGAAUUUAAACUACCUCUUUAUUGUAGGUUUUGAACAUGAGUUAACAUUCCAAAUGUUAACUGCUUUCACUAUGGGCAGAACAUUUAAAAUUUGGGUUGUUUAUGUACACGAUAUUACCUGAUUACAAGGCAUUCCCUUAAAAAACCUCUAAAUGAAGUCCCUUGGGGUAAAGACGCACACUGCAUCAGCUCUGCCUUGUUAUACACAAGCCUGAUUUCCAAUUUAGGAGAAACAAAUUAGGUUAAGCACAUUAGGCUAGAAGUAUAUUAGGUUAAGUUUUCUCCCAAGCAUGGAAUUCAGCAAUAAUAUUGCAGUAUCAAUAUUUAUCAUAGGUUUAAAUCACAUUUCAGAGAACAAGGUUUCUGGACUAAAAAUAUUUCAUAGACCAUUGUAAGGUGAAAGAUCUGCCUCUAGGUAGCUUUAAAUGAAUUUUGUUGCAAUGCAGCUUUAAAACUUAACAAGGAACUAAUUCUUCAAAUAUUUGUUUCUAGUAAGUAACAAAAAUAUUUUAUUCAAAAGGAUGCUUCAUUUUUUGCUUAACACUCAUUUGACUGUGGAUUACUGUUUGUAAUGUCUGUGACAAUACUUUGGUUACCCUCUGGUCAAAACAUCUACACAAACUUUGGCGAAAGCCCAAGUUUUUAUUACCAUAGAAGAUAUCAGGCUUCAAGAGGUGAACCCUUUUCUACAUUGAGUGAAUGCCAGAGGUUUUGGAAAGUUAUCUUCUUUCUCUUAGAAACCAGAAAAAAAAAUUCAAAGCAACAUUACCUUCAGCAACUUUAGAAACAGCCACUGUAUCUGGAAUUAUUCCACUUCUGUUAAGCUUGUGACAGCUCAAAAUUAUUGGAAUGAACACCUUCUGUGAAAUGAGACAGGCCCCAUCUCAGUAACCACACUGAGAUUUCUGCAAAACUCAUAUCUUGACUGGGCAGUAGCUUUAGAAAGCAACAAGCAAAGAAAAAAACUACAGGUGGGAAAAACCCCUUGGCAAUGCAGUUUCCCUCCUAUAUACACUUACAUGUGGACAAUGUCCACUUAUAUUUUACUUUAACAACCAUGCUGCAAACUAACAGGGAAGUUUGCACCCAUAAUAAAAGGAGUCAAACACAAACCCCAAAUGCAACCAGCAUGUAAUAAGAAUUUUAUUGGAUACAUUUAGAAAAAAAAGCUAGAGCAUGAAGACACGAGAUUAAUUUCUGCAUGUAAGUUUGUGAAUGUGCAGAAUCAAACAGCCAUGCGAAGUCAUCUCCUCUUCAACUGUAAUUCAAGACUCUUAUAAUGGCAAAAUUAUUACCACCCCUUAAACAGUUCCAGACACAUAAUUCACUACUUUAAAAACAUCUCCUUCCUGAACAGAAGUAAAAAAAAUUUAGUAGCAAAUUGGGAAAGACCAAUCAUUAACAGAUACAGUAUUUAAUCAAUACUCAUGCCAUGUUUAAAGAAUGCAAGCCAAAAAUGCAUCAUUAUGUUGAAUAGGUAUAUUUUUUUCCAAGGCAAAAUUCCUAUUAAAACUAAUUCCUAAACUACUGAAAUGGUGACUUGAUAAUGUACACAAUCCAGAAUACCAUCCAAUGGAAGAUUUUUCUGUCAAAUUGUAUCAGCAUCUAAGAGUCGAAGUAGCUGAUCAGUCCUGUGCUUAGCAGUGUAUUAACAUUUCACAUAAAUUCUAAUUCCUCCAAUAAAUGUUGUUACAGAUACAAGAUCAUAGAACUGUUAAGAUUGGAAAAAUGUCUAAGAUCACCAACCACCAAGGUAGCACCAUACCAUGUUCACCAUUAACCCAUGUCCUUAAGUGCCAUUCCCAUGGUUUUUUUAAACACUUCCAGACAUGGUGACUGGACUGCUUCCCUGGGCAGCUUGUUCCCCUUUCAUUAAAAUUGUUUUUCCUAACAUCCAAUCUAAACCUUUUCUGGUGCAACUUGAGGCCAUUUCCUCUCAUCCUCUAUCACUUUUUACCUGGGAUGCAAUGUUAGGUAUGAAAUGUUAGAUAGGAAAAUGAGCUUAUACAUGAGGGAAAAGAUUAAGAUUUCUGUUGUAAACUUGUAUACCCAUGCAAUUUUUCAUAUUAUAACCGGAUCAUGACAGUGAAGUUUUAUGUGCACCUACCUGGACAGUCAGCUCUGACUCAUGUAACAUGCUUGUCUACAUGUGUAACACAUAAACCCAUACUGACACACUACAGCUCUUAAACACUUAUUUAUAAAAAUAUAGUUAGACGGUAUCAACUGAAUUUGAUAAAUACAGCACAAGAUCUCAGAGCAUGAAAAAAGGAUGAAUUUGACACCGAGUAUUCUUGUUCAUACUGCUUUGCAAUACAGUGUCAUAUUAUUAGACAGGUGAAUGCCUGUGAUCAAGUAUCACUUUGCUUAUUUGACAAAUCUUGCUUUUAGGAAAGUAUCCAUCAUGAUUGGUUUAGUACACUACAGUUGGUCUUACCUUCUCUCCACACUUACUAAUAAAAGUUACAGCCAAGCCAAUAUUCCAUCAAAGUGUCUGCUACCACUACGCAUUUCAAGAAGUCAUUGCCUGAAACACCAGGAACAACCCUUGGUGUGUUGAAGCCUGUUGUGAGCAACUGCUCAAAACACACAAAUUCAGUGAGUGAUACAGCUCUUGCAGCUUCAGGAUAGAUGCAGACAUAUGGUUAUAAAAAACUGCUAAGAAUUGCUGCAGUUAAACAGACAGUUUAUGGCAGUCAAGGCCAUCUGAAGGUUUAUACUUUUAUUCUGAAAAGCAUCCCAGGCCACAGAAACUAUGCUGUUAUUGUACAAUCUAUACCUUCUUGCCUGACCAAAGCUGGUGGGGUUUUCAUCUAUUCUUUAGCUUGUUUCCUUGCUUUUUUAAACACGUAAGCUUUAAAAGUGGUUGUAUUGCCACUGAUGGGGGAGUCAUUAUAGAACACUUGAAGUAUCUUUAGCUUUGUUCUGAAAGUAUGAAAAACAGGAGAAGAGCAGGAGGAAUAAAAAAAGCAAAAGCAAAACUGGGAGCUUUCUUCCACCUAUGGCCAAGGUGACUAAGCUACCAGCAGAACAUAGUUUGAAAGAGUGAAACAAGUAACAGGAUCCCAAAGCCUGCAGCAGCAUUCACAUGAGACAGCCCAUUCAUCCACAUUUCUCUCCCUUUAGGGUUUAGUGCGCUAAGGCAGAAUACAAUUUACUUAAAAACAGAAAUUGUUUUCCCAAGGAAUUCCAUUUUCCAUGUAGUUCUUUAGAACAGGUUUUACAUUACGUAAACCUAAUGCACAUGAGGAGAAAAUAUGUUUUCCAUACUUUUUAAACAUAUUUAGGAUAUCUAUAUAUCCAUAUGGAUAGACACGCUUGAACUUGCUUGUUAAACAAGAACUUUAUCCUGGCAUUUAAGCACUACUAAUUUUGCUGUCCAAGUUCAGAGUUCUGCACCCACAAACACAGAUGGCAUGCUAGUAGCUACAGCUAUCUAGAAUUUUUCAUCCACUGAUGUUCUCAGUGUCACACUAAUAAGUACUCCACUUGUUGGUUCAGAACACAUCAAGGAACAUCUGUUCAAUAUUCAGAGGACCACCUGGCAGGCACAUAUUUUACCAUAUUUCAUUUAUAGGCUUGUACCCUAUCACUUUGCAGUACCUGACAUUUUCUGAUUUAAAAAAAAAAAAG